UGGCCCUCGGCCCGACAUCCCCUGCCUCCUCCUCCCGUCCCCCACCCAUCUCCGAUCUGAUUCCUUCCAGCCGACGCCUCCGCAUCCUCCUCCCCGGCGCCGCCAUUCACUCGCCGCCCGGCCAGCUACUGCGACCCCCGAGCACCGAGUUGGGGGCGGGCGGCGCGGCGCGGCCGCGGCGCGGGGAAGAUGAUCAGCAGGCAGCUCGUGCUGACCUACCUCUACCUGCUGAUCUACGUGUGCCUCUCGUCGGGCGUCAUCCUGUUUAACAAAUGGGUCCUCUCUCCAAAGUACUUCAAAUUUCCCUUCCCUAUCACCCUUACAAUGAUUCACAUGGCGUUUUCUGGAAUCGUGACAUUCUUUCUUGUCCGAGUUUUUAAGGUUGUUGCACCUGUCAAGAUGACUUUCAAUAUAUAUGCCACAUGUGUAAUUCCAAUUAGCGCCUUCUUUGCUUCAAGCCUGUGGUUUGGCAACACAGCAUACUUAUAUAUUUCUGUGGCCUUCAUCCAGAUGCUCAAGGCCUUGAUGCCUGUAGCAACAUUUAUAAUGGCUGUUUUAUGCGGUACUGACAAAUUAAGAUGGGACCUCUUCUUGAACAUGGUAUUGGUCAGUGUUGGUGUAGUAGUUUCAUCAUAUGGCGAGAUUCACUUUAAUGUGAUCGGAACAUUAUACCAAGUAACUGGCAUUUUUGCGGAAGCCCUCAGGCUGGUCCUAACACAGGUCCUUCUCCAAAAGAAGGGUUUAACCCUGAACCCUAUUACAAGCCUCUAUUACAUAGCCCCUUGCAGUUUUAUCUUCUUGUUUAUUCCAUGGUAUUUGCUGGAAAAGCCUGAAAUGGACGUGUCGCAAAUUCAAUUCAAUUAUUCAAUAUUUUUUUUGAAUGCGCUCUCUGCAUUCGCUUUGAACAUUUCAAUAUUCCUAGUUAUUGGAAGAACCGGAGCUGUCACCAUUCGAGUUGCUGGUGUUCUGAAGGACUGGAUACUUAUUGCUCUCUCAACCAUCAUCUUUCCUGAAUCUGUUAUUACAAGCCUCAACAUAAUUGGAUAUGCAGUUGCUCUCUCUGGUGUUGUCCUGUACAAUUAUUUGAAGAUGAAAGAUGUGAAAGCAAACCAGCUUCCAGCAGAUAACAAUCCUGAUAGAUCUACAAAGGACAAGAAGGCGUUAAAUACAUACAGGCCUGACAAUUCCAUGGACAACAAUGACGGGACUGUCAUAGGAGGCCUGGCAUCAGAAGCAGCAGCAGCAGUUGAUGAGGAAGCCCCUUUGAUCCCUUCUGCACGCAUCUCCUAUGUUACACGGACCCAAACAGGCAGCUUCAGUAACAGAUGACAAUGGUUUACCUAUUUGUUUGGGCUGACCAUCAUAUAUUUUGUCCGGGCGAAUCAGAAAGAGGUGCAUACACGUGCGGAAAUGGCUGUUUAAGAAGCUCCGGCGAGUAGUCUCUCACGCACCUCGUCUCAUACCAUGUCGCCUGGAUGUCUCCUCUAGGUGUACCCCUUUCCCUAGGCGUGGAUUCUUUGGGGAGAUACCUAGUGGUGAAUUAGAUAAGUUGAAGAGGUAGGCCAUAACUUUUGCUUAGUAUUUGGAGAAGUAUGUAGGGCCGCGUGAUGGACACAUUAUUCCUUAUCCGAGCAUAUGGAAAUGUUGUCAAACCAUAGAUGUUGUAAAGCACUAUAUAUAGGUUCUAAUUUUAAUUGUACCUUUUGUUUCCUUUCCGUUCACUGUUGCAUUCGGUACUAGCGUACUGCCAAGUGUGAAUCCGGCAAAUUGUGCAGUUGGUUAGCAGAUGUUCGUCUGUA